AUGGACGCUGCAACGGUUGUCUCUAUUAUCCUUGCUAUCGUCUUUACUAUCCUUGCUAUCGUCUCUUUACUUGAUACUGUUGCCGUUGCGAUCGUCGGUCACAUAUCGAACAAAUGCCUCGCGGAAGAGGCUGGAAAAGCAGCCAUAGAUCAGGACAACAAAUCUCAAGAAUUGAACCACAAAUAUGAGUUGUUGAAGCAGGAGCUGCAUGACAGGAAAGAGACGGAGGCGCUGAUCUACAACAAAGCGCAUCUAGGAUCGAAGGAGGGCCUCCAGGAUCUCAAGCAAUACACUUGCUACAAACUCGCUCAGUACUUUGCCUGGUCACACGUUCUGAGGAUGAAGGCAAAAUUCUUCUCCUUUUGCGAAGAUGAAGAACUCAAGAAGGUCGGCACCCUUAUUCUUUGCGUCGAAGAAGGAUUCGACCGACGACGAGGUUAUGAUGCUUACAACCUUGGUGUGUGGCCUGGAUCUCGUAUCCUCGUUGCUGAACGUAUGCUCCUCGUCGUGGAAAAGGAUAAGGUUGCCACCGAAACGACGGUGAAGGGCUUUCAUACGUUCCUCAAAGAGUGGGAUACACUUUCCAAGGAGCCAAUGGGAUACUACUGCCAGUGGAUCGACGAUCUUGUUGUUGCUCGCAAGGCCCGAUUUCGACACUGGGAAGACGCCCUUCGAUGCACGCAGCACCACCUGGUCGAUCUGGUGAAGUACCUAGACCGUAACGAGAUGUAUCAACAUAUUAGAAAGAUCAAGAAGAAAGGAAUAUGGUGUAACUGCGAGAGCUGCACAGCGGAAGAGCAAAGAAAGGCGCUCGUGGACGGAAAAAGGCCGCCUAUGUAUCGAAGAAGGACGGUCACGGACCGAAAGAAGAUACUUGCGGAUCGAUCAGACUCGCGAUAUACCAACCGAGGUUUACGGCCAUGGUACAGAUAUGACAAGUGGGAUCCAGAUUAUGACGAUACGAUUGACCUGGAUAGAAUGCUGGAGAUGACCUGCACCGCAGGAUUCGACCAAAAGCUUUACCCUGGCGUCUGGAAUCGCACGAUGAAUUGGAAAGAAAUGCAUUGGUGGGAAGAAGACUAUGGUACAAAUUCCGAUGACGGCCACAGCGUUAAUGAAGACUUUGAAAAGCUGCAAAGUCAUGAGAAGUUGCACAAGGAAGGACAAGCGAAAAUAAAGGUUGUGUUUGCAAAAUAG